AUGAGCCCUGAGAGCAGUGCGCUGGUGAAGGACCUCAGCGCUCAGCUCGGAGAAGCUGAGCCUGAGCCAGUUGUCGAGAAGGAGGAGGCAAGCUCGAGUUCCGGGCCGGAUGCCCAGAAGACGGCGGUGCUCGAACAAACGAUCAAGGAGUUGCAGAGGAAGUUCCAUGAGAAGGAGAAGGAGCUGCAGGCCAGCAAAAAGAACCAGCCCCCAGCAGCUGCUACCGGGGAGACUGCGGAUGUGAAUCAGCAGGCUUCGGAGGAGCCUGAGGAUGACGAUGGCGAUGGUUGCGGCAACCAUCCAGAAGUUUCUCAGGCUAGACAGCAGCUGCGCAGGUUCUGCAAACGCCGUGCAAACGGCAGUUUGCUUGUUCCCGAAGACGUACACAACAAGUUUUGGUCAGGAGGCGCAGAACGCGCAAAAUUGUUGACGCUCUUCCUGAAGAAUGGCAGGGACAAAAGCAUGUUCCUGAAAGAAGUGAAAGUGAUCUCUGAGAAGGAAAAGAAAAUGGAAAUGCAGAUCGCAGGUGACUACUACGAGUUGUGGGAGCUGCGGGACAUUAAGAAGGCUGACAUCUACAACCCCGCCAAGAUUCGCUAUUGGUAUCAAGACACAAUGCGGGCAAGUUUCAGUGCCAGCCAGCUUCUUCGUGAACGCGAAGAAGUGAGCUACGAGCAAGAGGUGGCAGAGCACGAGGGAGUCGUGACCCUCGGACAGGACUUUGAUUUCGCACCCGGGGCUCCCGCUAUGAUGGAGGACCUGGGCUUGCCGAACUUGUCCGAUGGACAACAGCCUGAGGACCUGCUGAUGACCUAUGUGAAUGGGCUGAUGGUUCGCAGCUCGAAGAUGAGUGAUAUGCUUUGCAAGAUUGAGGCUUUAGCAGAUGCUCCAGAUGUGAUCAAAGGGUACCUUGCCUUAAGUUGUCUGGUUCGGGUGCAGUUAGGGUUCAUGUUAGUGUUUUGGGUUACGGACCAUGAGGUUAUAUAG